GUUCUGUGGCAUUUGGAAGCAGAGAGGCUUGGGAUGACUGUACCACUGUUAUACCUGCUCCUUUCAAGAUUAUCAAUUUGUUUAGGCGCCAAUGCCUCUGCUUUGGAGAAAGAGAUCGGUCCUGAGCAGUUCCCUGUGAAUGAGCAUUAUUUUGGCUUGGUCAAUUUCGGCAACACCUGCUACUGCAACUCAGUCCUACAGGCACUUUAUUUCUGUCGUCCAUUUCGGGACAAAGUUUUGGCAUACAAAGUGCAGCCUCGAAAGAAGGAAAGCCUCCUGACAUGCCUCUCUGAUCUCUUCAACAGUAUUGCUACACAAAAGAAGAAGGUGGGGGUCAUCCCACCCAAGAAAUUUAUUUCCCGAUUGAGGAAAGAAAAUGAGUUAUUUGAUAAUUAUAUGCAGCAGGAUGCACACGAAUUCCUAAACUACCUACUGAACACUAUUGCUGACUUACUCCAAGAAGAGAAAAAACAGGAGAAGCAGAAUGGCAAACUGCAGAAUGGCAGCAUUGAGAGUGAAGAAGGAGACAAGACUGAUCUGACGUGGGUCCAUGAAAUCUUCCAAGGAACACUAACCAAUGAAACCAGAUGUCUUAACUGUGAGGCUGUUAGUAGCAAAGAUGAGGACUUUCUGGAUCUCUCGGUUGAUGUGGAACAAAAUACAUCAAUUACACAUUGUCUAAGGGGAUUUAGUAACACUGAAACUCUAUGCAGUGAAUAUAAAUACUAUUGUGAGCAGUGCCGCAGUAAACAGGAGGCACAGAAGAGAAUGAGAGUGAAAAAGUUGCCCAUGAUUCUAGCUCUGCAUUUAAAAAGGUUCAAGUACAUGGACCAGCUGCACCGAUACACCAAACUCUCCUACCGUGUGGUGUUUCCCUUGGAGCUGAGACUCUUCAACACCUCAGGGGAUGCUACAAACCCUGACAGAAUGUACGACCUCGUGGCUGUGGUUGUUCACUGUGGCAG